CGAAAAGGCUGCUUCACAGGCUGCUGCAGCCACCGCGAGCUGGGUGACUGAGGCGCUGGGAGUUGCUGGAAAGAGCAGUUCUUUAGAGGUGGCGAGAGAGAGGGCGCGCAGCAGAGCACCGAGGAGGAGGGACGCGGAGGCCACGGAAGGGUCAGCGAGGCCGCGGCGCCGGGCUGGGGGCCUCCAGGCGGCGCUGGCCGCGGCGCUCGGGAGAGGGUGAGCGCUCGGAGCCGCCCGCGCCUCCUACUGUCCGUGCCCGGGGGUGGGCCCCGCGCUGCGAGCUGCCGAGUGCGGGGAGGGAACGAGGCUCUGGCUCGCCUGAUGGAUUGACUUGAAGAUGGAUCGAAUUACACCAUUUGCCGUGCCUCGAUUUGUUUUGCUCCCGCUCUGUACCGCUGCUGCUGUCGCUGCAGCGGCUGCAAGGACUGGCGGUGGCGAGUUUCAGGAUUACAUCGAAGAAACCAAAACCUAAAGCGACAGAGGGAUAUAUAUUUUUUCCAUUUUUUUUAAUUUUCUUUUUUUCUGAGCGUGGCAAGCUUUUAAAUUUUUUUUUAAACCAGCCUCCCCCCAUGAGGUAAGACGGUCCUAUAAAAUUUUGCUAAUGCUUUAGGCGCCUGGUGGGGAUUGGACCCAGAUCCCCAGAGCCUGACUUGCUUCUGGUGUGUGUGUGCGUGUGCGUGUGUGUUGGCACUGGAGAGUUGAUUUCUUUUCCAAGCGGCUCUCUCUGCCUGCCGUGCAAGGGAAGCGCAAAGGGCUGGAGAGGUUUGGCAGACGCGUCAAAACUGGCAUUGCUUGGUGGUUUGGAGGGAGGGGCCCCCCACACUGUGCAGGCCCCUCGGGAAAAAAAAGCGGAAGGAGGGAGCCAGCAAAAGUUUCUUGCCAGGCAGUGCCAGCUCCGCGCUCACCCGCACCUCAUCAGGGGGAACCCGGGCAGCUUCGGUGCCGACCACUCAGUCUCCAUUCCGCGCGACAGCUGAGCCAAGAGGCCGAAGGUGCAGCCUGCGGGCUCCACCACCCCCUCCUACCCGCCCGCCCGCUCCGGAGCCGACCCUGGGACCGCCGGGCCAGCUAGCAGUGGAUGGGCGAGCACUCGCCGGCGCCAGGAGAAGGGGCGCAGCGCAGCCGUAGAUCCCAGAGCAACUCAGGCGCGGACUCCAGCUACCUGUCAGUGCACCCCCGGAUCGGGUGGUCCUCGGGUAGCGCCUGGUGGCCAGGGGCGGGGGCUCCGGGGACUCGGCCCUCGCCCAGCCCCCCAGGCUCUACUAUCCGCUCCUGCCCGGAGGGCGGUCACCUCCCACCCUCCCUCUCCCCCUGCUGGCCGAGCGCGCCGCGGGCGGGCUCCGGGGCCGGAGCUGCCCACCGCCCACCCCAGCCUCCCACCCCGUGCCCGGGUUUCUUCUCCCGGCCACUCUCCCCCGCAACUUUCCGUGCUUUGUUCUCCGGCUGGAAAUGAUUUAUGGAAGCGUCUUGGACAGGGUCUCCGCCAGGCAGCAAGAGCCCAGCACUGAGAUGUGUUACAUUCUCAUCUACCCAUCAAUUAUGGAUGGAAACAAAUAAGGAAGAGUCAAUUUUGCAUGAGCCCCUUCUCAGGCGGGCGAGAGACGUCCUGCAGCCUCGAGGGAGCCGCCGCUCUCUUUGGCAGCCGCUGGCAGGGGGAUGGUGAGGAGGAAGGUAGCUAAGUGGGAUUUCUGAGGAGGGCCUGCUCUGACUUCAUCUUGGCCCACCAUCCACGAUGAGGUUCUUCCUGCUUUGUGCCUACAUGCUCCUGCUGAUGAUCCCUCAGUUGAGGGCAGUCAGCUUUCCUGAAGAUGAUGAACCCCUUAAUACUGUUGACUAUCACUAUUCAAGGCAAUAUCCGGUUUUUAGAGGACGCCCUUCAGGCAAUGAAUCACAGCACAGGCUGGACUUUCAGCUGAUGUUGAAAAUUCGAGACACACUUUAUAUUGCUGGCAGGGAUCAAGUUUAUACAGUAAACUUAAAUGAAAUCCCCAAAACAGAAGUCGUACCAAACAAGAAACUGACAUGGCGGUCAAGGCAACAGGAUCGAGAAAACUGCGCUAUGAAAGGCAAGCAUAAAGAUGAAUGCCACAAUUUUAUUAAAGUAUUUGUUCCAAGAAACGAUGAGAUGGUUUUUGUUUGUGGCACCAAUGCAUUUAAUCCCAUGUGUAGAUACUAUAGGUUGAAUACCUUAGAGUAUGAUGGGGAAGAAAUUAGUGGCUUGGCAAGAUGCCCAUUUGAUGCCAGACAAACCAAUGUUGCCCUUUUUGCUGAUGGGAAGCUGUAUUCUGCCACAGUGGCUGACUUCCUGGCCAGCGAUGCUGUUAUUUAUCGAAGCAUGGGUGAUGGAUCUGCCCUUCGUACAAUAAAAUAUGAUUCCAAAUGGAUCAAAGAGCCACACUUUCUUCAUGCCAUAGAAUAUGGAAACUACGUGUAUUUCUUCUUUCGAGAAAUCGCUGUGGAACAUAAUAAUUUAGGCAAGGCUGUGUAUUCCCGUGUGGCCCGCAUAUGUAAAAACGACAUGGGUGGCUCCCAGCGGGUCCUGGAGAAACACUGGACUUCAUUUCUGAAGGCUCGACUUAACUGUUCUGUCCCCGGAGAUUCAUUUUUCUACUUUGAUGUUCUGCAGUCUAUUACAGACAUAAUACAAAUCAAUGGCAUCCCCACUGUGGUCGGGGUGUUUACUACACAACUCAACAGCAUCCCUGGUUCGGCAGUGUGUGCAUUUAGCAUGGAUGACAUAGAAAAGGUAUUCAAAGGACGGUUUAAAGAGCAGAAAACUCCGGAUUCUGUUUGGACAGCAGUCCCUGAAGACAAAGUACCAAAGCCAAGGCCUGGCUGUUGUGCAAAGCAUGGUCUUGCUGAAGCUUAUAAAACCUCCAUCGAUUUCCCGGAUGAAACCCUGUCGUUCAUCAAAUCCCACCCCCUAAUGGACUCUGCUGUCCCACCCAUUGCAGAUGAACCCUGGUUCACAAAGACUCGGAUCAGGUACAGACUGACGGCCAUUGCCGUGGACCAUUCUGCCGGACCCCACCAGAACUACACAGUCAUCUUUGUUGGCUCAGAAGCUGGCGUGGUACUUAAAGUUUUGGCAAAGACCAGUCCAUUCUCUUUGAAUGACAGCGUGUUACUGGAAGAGAUUGAGGCAUACAACCAUGCAAAAUGCAGUGCUGAGAAUGAGGAGGACCGAAAGGUCCUGUCCUUACAGUUGGAUAAAGAUCAUCAUGCUCUGUACGUGGCCUUCUCUAGCUGUGUCAUCCGCAUCCCCCUCAGUCGCUGCGAGCGGUAUGGAUCCUGUAAAAAGUCUUGUAUUGCAUCUCGAGACCCAUACUGUGGCUGGUUAAGCCAGGGGGCCUGUGGUCGAGUGAUGCCGGGGAUGCUCGCUGGAGGAUUUGAGCAGGACACAGAAUUCGGCAACACGGCCCAUCUAGGGGACUGCCACGAAAUUUUGCCUACUUCAACUACACCAGAUUACAAAAUAUUUGGCGGUCCAACAUCUGACAUGGAGGUAUCUUCAUCUUCUGUUACCACAAUGGCAAGUAUCCCAGAAAUUACACCUAAAGUGAUUGAUACCUGGAGACCUAAACUGACCAGCUCCCGGAAAUUUGUAGUUCAAGAUGACCCAAACACUUCUGAUUUUACUGAUCCUUUAUCAGGUAUCCCAAAGGGUGUACGAUGGGAAGUCCAAUCUGGAGACUCCAACCAGAUGGUCCACAUGAAUGUCCUCAUCACCUGUGUCUUUGCGGCUUUUGUUUUGGGUGCAUUCAUUGCAGGUGUGGCAGUAUACUGCUAUCGGGACAUGUUUGUUCGGAAGAACAGAAAGAUCCAUAAAGAUGCAGAAUCUGCCCAGUCGUGCACAGACUCCAGUGGAAGCUUUGCCAAGCUGAAUGGUCUCUUUGACAGCCCAGUCAAGGAAUAUCAACAGAAUAUUGAUUCUCCCAAAUUGUACAGUAACCUGCUGACCAGUCGGAAAGAGCUGCCACCCAAUGGAGAAACAAAAUCCAUGGUCGUGGACCAUCGAGGCCAACCUCCUGAGUUGGCUGCUCUCCCUACACCUGAGUCUACACCUGUGCUUCACCAGAAGACCCUGCAGGCCAUGAAGAGCCACUCAGACAAGGCCCAUGGCCAUGGGGCUUCGAGGAAAGAAACUUCCCAGUUUUUUCCUUCUAGUCCUCCCCCCCACUCCCCACUAAGUCAUGGGCACAUCCCCAGCGCCAUUGUUCUCCCUAAUGCUACCCAUGACUACAACACAUCUUUCUCAAACUCCAAUGCUCACAAAGCUGAAAAGAAGCUUCAAAACAUUGACCACCCUCUUACAAAGUCAUCCAGUAAAAGAGAUCACCGGCGUUCUGUGGAUUCCAGAAAUACCCUUAAUGAUCUCCUGAAGCAUCUAAAUGACCCAAACAGUAACCCCAAAGCCAUCAUGGGAGACAUCCAAAUGGCCCACCAGACCCUAAUGCUGGAUCCUGUGGGACCUAUGUCCGAGGUCCCACCCAAAGUCCCUAACCGUGAGGCUUCGCUCUACUCUCCUCCCUCAACGCUCCCCAGGAAUAGCCCAACUAAGCGAGUGGACGUCCCCACCACUCCAGGAGUCCCGAUGACUUCUCUGGAAAGACAAAGGGGUUAUCAUAAAAACUCCUCCCAGAGGCACUCUAUAUCUGCUAUGCCUAAAAACUUAAGCUCACCAAAUGGGGUUUUGUUAUCUAGACAGCCUAGUGUGAACCGUGGGGGGUACAUGGCCACCCCCACGGGGGCAAAGGUGGACUAUGUUCAGGGAACACCGGUGAGUGUUCAUCUGCAGCCUUCCCUCUCCAGACAGAGCAGCUACACCAGUAAUGGCACCCUUCCCAGGACGGGACUAAAGAGGACACCGUCCUUAAAACCUGAUGUGCCACCAAAGCCUUCAUUUGUUCCUCAGACCACAUCUGUCAGACCACUGAACAAAUACACGUACUAGGUCUCAAAUGUGCCCUUCCUCGAGUGGCUUUUAUCCUGUCCAUGUUGUUGAGAGGAUGACAUUGUAAGGGUACCUUAAAACAAGAGACUCACUCAUAUAGUAAGAGAACCAAGUGGCCAAAGAAACUCUACCUAACUUUGGCAACAUCAGAACUUGCCAUAUGUAGCUACUGCAGCAAGGCUUCUGUGUACUUGCUUGAAAACAAAGGAAGGUGCUGGUCAUUCCAUUUCUUUUGUUUGAAGCUAAAGAGAUGUGUGGCUCCCAGGGGCCACCUGUCACCAGUUUAAAGAGCUGAUACAGUGCUCAGAAGAAUCUGUGAGCAAAUACUUGAAAAUGGGUUCAACUUAGACUGCCAUUCUGCGUGGUCUUCCCAUUAAAUGUGAACAUUUUAAUAUGUAUGCAUUCACCUUGCCUCUUGCACAAAUGUCAAAAAAAAAAAGGUAAUGUCUCAAAGAAAUGAACUUGUAGAUUACCAAACGAUUUGCUAAAAAUUUUAGUCUUUGACCCAAACUGUAGCAUUUUUUUCAUGUGUGGCAUUUUUUUCAUGCCACCAAUGAUCUGUGUUGCGUGUGUACGUGUGUGUGUGUGUGCGCGCGCACGUGUGCGUGCAUGUAUGCGUGUGUUCUGUCCCCAUUAGGAUUUGUUUAGGUGCCCAUUGCAUCUUUUUUUGUGCUGUGGAAUUGUUUACAUUGAGCAUGACUGAACAAGAGACAGUAACUUCUUCCCACAGCAGUUUGUUGGGUCCAGCUUUGAGAAGGAAAGAAAAUCGAGGCUGAUUUGACUGUCAAAAUGAUUAACUUGACUUACGUGUUACCCAAUGCCAGAAUGUAAGCGUUCUAAGUACCAUUGUGCUGCUAUUCAUUCAAACUUUUAUUACAGUCUUGCCAGCUUAAGAAGAUAGAGAUGUUAAGAGGUAUCCUUGAUUUAUCCACCAGUAUUCAGUAGUAAAAUCUACCUGUCCACUGUGAAUCCAAGCCUGAAUCACUCUAUUUAACCUUGGACACAUGAACAAGGUUUUAUUUUGACUGUUUGGUUUCUCCCGUGUAGUAAAAUUCCUCUUCCUUUACUCCUCCUACCCCCAAGAUAAAAAAAACAAAAAACAAAAAAAACAAAAACAAAAAACAAAAAAACAUACACACACACAAAAGACAGAAGACAAAAGAAGGGAACUGUGAGAGGAUUGUAAUUGGCUUAACAGAAACAGUCUAUGGAAACGGAACAGUGGUGCAAUCAUGUUGUCUGUGUUGUGUGAUGUGAGGAUUUCCUCCUAAGUCAUGCAGGUUAUGACAGUAUACUGUAAAUAUUACAUGUGAGUUUACCUGAAUCUGUGCAUUUUGUGCCUUAUUCAUGAGAAUGAUCGAAGUACUCAAAUAUGUCAAGUGUUUUCGGUAUAGCACAUCAUUUCCUGAGUGCCAGUUGUAAAUGUUUUUCAACCAGCACCUGAAAAGACUUUUCAAAAACCGUAAAAACAACCUAGAACCAUUCAUUGUAAAACAAAUCCACCCAGAUAGCUGCAUUACAUCCUUUUGCCAUGAUAAACAUUCCACUCCCGCUUUCCUAAGGAUGAAACAGUGAUAAUGUGAAGUCAGAUGAGGUUUCCCAGGUAAUGUGACACCUGUGGAAACCGUAUAGAGUCCUCUAUUUGUAGUUUUGCAGAAAUCACUUACAGUUGAUGAUGUGGAACCCUGAUGACUGUUUCAGUUAAUAUGCUGCACACCACGGUUUAUUGAACCUCAUCUAGAAAGUAUCAAGGCAGAGGAAUGCUCCUGACUUAGUCAGACAAAUAAGUUCAACUGAUUUCCUGUGAUAACGCUGAUGAUAUCUAUUACCUGGGGGAGGAUGGGUUGCAGAAGACCAGAGCAUUUUCACACAGAAGGUAGAAUACUGAUGCAGUUAUUCUUUUCCUUUGAGAAUAUUGUCUUAUAAAGAACGUGAUUCCCUGAGGUCUCUGGAAGCUCAAAAGCUCAGACUCCUGUUCUUGAAACACUUCAGCUCUGAAACUAAAACAUGACAGAUUAAUAAUAAAUUAAACCAACCAGUGAUAAACACUACCCAGUCCCACUGCCGACAAACGUGUUUGAAUUCACCUUACCAAUAUUAAUCCCGGCGUGCGGAAAAUGGAACAGUAACUCUAUGUGAACCCGGAUAACAUUUUGUAACAUUGUGCUGCCUUGUAGUUUGUAAUGUGAGUUCUAUCAGUAUUUAUGUUGAAAUUUCUAACAUAAAAUCUAGUCUCUAUCCUGUUAAUUUAAUUUUUAAAUGCUUUAUCCAUUUGUGCAAAGGUAAACACAGAUUGUAUCUUUUUUAAUGGUACGGCAUAAAAAGUAACCCUAAAGUGAAGUGGCUCUAUACUGUUUUAUAGAGUACUUUAACAUGUAUAGAUAUCUUGUAAACUUGUAUUGUGGAUGUGUAAAUAAUAUGUACUUUGGGUUUUUAACACAGCAUGUAAAGUCAAAAUAAAAUAUACAAAUCGUUA